AUGGCCCCGCUGGGUGAGGAAACCCCCCUAAUUGGGGAGCGCUCCUGCAGUCUCUCCUCCACUGAGACCGGCACCCUCCAAGUGUACCUGUACCACCGGGUGCCCCCCGGUGCUGCUGGCGUCCUCACCUUCACCUUCGGCGAGUACACGGCCGAGGAGCUCUGCGUCUGCGCUGCCAAAGCCUGUGGUGAGUAUCGGCCCCAGUGCCGCAGGUACCAGCUGUGCCCAUCGGCCCCAGUGCCACGGUCCCGCAGUGACUUCAUUGGCGGCCGCAUGGCUAUGGCGCUGAGCCUGCCCCGGCAGGAGGAGUGCCUGGGCCUGGCUGUGCUGGACAUGCUGCGCAUCGCCAAGGAGAGGCACCAGAGCCCCUGUGAGGUCUUCAGCCACAUCAGCUACAAGUCCUGCAUCCCAGCGCCGCUGCGGUGCCAGAUCCAGCAGCACAGCUUCCUCACCCGCAAGCGCAUCCGGCACCGCUUCAGCAAAUCCCUGAAGAAGCUCGGGGGAUACCACUUCUUCUGCAAAGAGGUGGCCCCCCCCCGGCUCCUGGAGGACCUGGAGAACCAGUGUCAUGGGCCCAUCAGCUCCGAGUUCGCUGUGAACAAGCUGAAGGUGGCCGGGAGCCGCCCGGGGCUAUCACUGCUGGCAGACUGUCCCCCUGGCUCCCCCUGCACUCCCCACCGCAGCCUCAAUCAGAUGAUGUUCCACAAGAUCGACCCCCAGAGCCUCACUCAGGGCGAGAGCCUGGGGCAGGGCUCCUUCACCCGCAUCUACAAGGGCAUCAAGCGGGACCAGGGGGAGGACGGGUGCUACCAGACCACAGUGGUGCUCAAGGUCAUGGAUGGCAGCCACCAGAACUGCUCUGAGUCCUUCCUGGAGGCCGCCAGCAUCAUGAGCCAGCUCUCCCACAAACAUCUGGUCCUGCUGCACGGCGUCAGCCUUGGGAAGGACAGUAUCAUGGUGCAGGAAUAUGUCAGGUAUGGACCGCUGGAUCUCUACUUGAAGAAGAAUCAAGGCGAGGGCAAGGUGACGACUAGCUGGAAGCUGCAGGUGGCCAAGCAGCUGGCGUAUGCCCUCAACUACCUGGAGGACAAGAAAAUCACCCACGGCAACAUCUCAGCUAAGAAGGUGCUGCUGACGCGGGAGGGAGACGUGGCCAGCGGCAGCCCCCCCUUCAUCAAACUCAAUGACCCUGGGGUCAGCAUCACCAUCCUGGCCAAGGACAUGUUGGUGGAGCGCAUCCCCUGGCUGGCCCCUGAGUGCCUCCAGGACCCCAAGAGCCUGGCGCUGCCCGCAGACAAAUGGAGCUUUGGGGCGACCCUCUGGGAGAUCUUCAGUGGUGGGAAUAUGCCUGUGAGCCUGCUGGAGCCCCAGAAGAAGCUGGAUUUCUAUGCGAGCAGCCUCCAGCUCCCUGCACCCAAGUGGACGGAGCUGGCCACGCUCAUCGUGCAGUGCAUGGACUAUGAGCCCUGGCACCGGCCCUGCUUCCGUGCCCUCAUCCGUGACCUCAACAGCCUCAUUACCUCCGACUAUGAGCUGCUCUCGGACCUGUCCCCCGCUGAUGUGGCACUGCGGGACGGCUUCUGGGGGUGCGAGCCCCUUGCCAUGUGCCAGGACCCCGCAUGCUUUGAGGAGCGGCACCUCAAGUACAUCUCACUGCUGGGCAAGGGUAACUUUGGGAGUGUGGAGCUGUGCCGCUAUGACCCGCUGGGCGACAGCACAGGCGAGCUGGUGGCUGUGAAGAAGCUGCAGCAGGAUUCAGCCAAGGAGCUGCGGGACUUUGAGAGGGAAAUCCAGAUCCUGCACUCGCUGCAGCACGACUUCAUCGUCCAGUACCGGGGGGUCUGCUACAGCCGGGGAUGCCACGGGCUGCGGCUGGUGAUGGAAUAUCUGCCCAACGGCUGCCUGCGGGACUACCUGCAGAAGAACCAGCCCUGCCUGGACCACAGGACCCUGCUCCUCUAUGCCUGGCAGAUAUGCAAGGGCAUGGAGUACCUGGGCGCACAGCGCUGUGUGCACCGGGACCUGGCCAGCAGGAACAUCCUGGUGGAGAGUGAGACCCACGUCAAGAUCGGGGACUUCGGGCUGGCCAAGCUGCUGCCACAGGACAAAGACUAUUACGUGGUGCGGGAGCCCGGCCAGAGUCCCGUCUUCUGGUACGCGCCCGAGUCCCUGUCGGACAAUGUCUUCUCUCGAGCAUCUGACAUUUGGAGCUUUGGGGUCCUCCUCUACGAGCUCUUCACCUACAGCAACAAGAUCAGGAGCCCCUCGGAGGAGUUUCUCCGCAUGAUGGGCACUGAGAAGACAGUGCAGAUCAUCUGCCGCUUGCUGGAGCUCCUCAAGGACAACCGGCGGCUCCCAGCACCUUGUGGCUGCCCUGGGGAGGUCUACACACUGAUGCUGAGCUGCUGGGCCUUCACCCCCAGCGCGAGACCCACCUUUGGGGAGCUGGUCCCAAAGAUUGAGGCGCUGCGGGAUGGACAGAGCAAAUCCUGUGGGUAG